UCAAAUGAACCUUCAUGAAACCCUGCUUUGACCGUCGUGCGUUCGAUCCAAUCAUGCAUGGAGUUGCACCGAAGACGUCGUCUCACGUACAUGCCAACUGCGAGCUCGUGGUCUUCACUGCAGCAGUAAAACACCGCCAUAGAGCUUCCCAGCAAUUUCGCUUCAUUUCAAUUCCUUGACCAAACAACUUCUCCUAUAUAUUGCUUCUCAUCUCCAUGAAGAAGAAGAAGUUGUAGUAGUAGCAGCAGCUCCAAGAAGAAGAGAGAUGGGGAAUGGCUUGAGCGGGAAGAAGCGAACCAUAACGGUGAUGAAGAUAGACGGCACCACCUUGAAGCUGAAGGCUCCGGUCCAGGCCGAGGAUCUGCUCCGAGACUACCGGGGCUACGACCUCCUCGAGUCCGAGGCGGUGAAGCAGCUCGGGAUUGGAGCCCGUCCGCUUGCUCCCGACGCCCCGUUGCACCCCGGGAAGCUGUACUUUCUCGUGCAGCUCCCCCGGGCGCCGGAGCAGCGAGCCCCGCGGAGGGCCUGGUCCGGGGGGCUGCCCGUGAGCGCCAGAGAGCGGCUGGAGAACCUCGCGUUUACCCGCCGGACCAUGUCGGACGUCUCGGUCGCCGGUAGGCGCUCGCGGGUCGAGGCGGAGGAGGGUAGCGAUGGCACGGUCCGCCUCAGGUUGAGGAUUCCGAAGGCCGAGAUGGAGAAGCUGUUGCAGGAAAGCAAGAACGACACUGAGGCGGCGGAGAAGAUUAUGGUGCUGUGUGUGGCGAAGAAUGGUGGCGCGCCGAAGCUGCCGGCGAUGGAAACUGGCCAGAAGGAGGUAAUAAUCUCAUUGAAUUUGCCGAAAGAAGUGCAUAGAUGGAUCAUAGUUACUUAGCCUGUCUUCUUUCUCAUUGGCUAUUCUUGUAGAAGCGAGCAAGGUUUGCUGCCAUGCCAGCUGAGAUUAUUGCCUAACGAAGAAGCAAGUGAAGGGGAAGCAGAUCACCAGGUCAUGGUUUCCAAUUGUGGAGACUGAAACUUGUGGGUGGAACCUGAGAAGCUGCUGAUGGUUUCCAAUUCCUACCAAUUUUAUAGCUUUUAUUUUUAUUCUUCUGGUUAUUUGAUUCUUUAUUAGUGCCCAAAUAAAUGUAAUCUCUAUUUCUAUCAACAACAAGACUUGCCUUUUCUCUCCACCGUGCUCUACUGUCAUGGCACUUCUCUUCUCAGUACGUAUGAAUGUAACUCCCCACAGCUGAGAGAGAGAGAGAGAGAGAGAGA